AUGGCGUGUGGCGCGUCCCAAGACGCUGUUCAUCUUGGUGGCCACGUUCUUCCUCGACCGCGUCGGGCGGAGGCAGCCGCCGCUUCUCGAAAAGCCUGGCGGGAUGGUGGUGUCGCUGGUGAUGCUGGCCUCGGCGCUGCACGCCAUCGACCGGCUCCCCGAGGGCCAGGCGACGACGGACGACAGCAUGAUCCUAUGACACCGAUGAUGAACCUCGACGACCGGGAGGCUGUCUCCACCGUCGAGCCCGGUCCCGACCCCGCGGCGGCCCGCGCCAAGCUCGACGACCCCGCCUGUUCCACGCCGCGCCUCCGCGAACCCGUCACCAGCUCCGCGCGCGUCUUCCGUGGGGAUCCAGACCGUCGCGAUAGCGUCGAGUCAGAGACGGAGGAGACCCGCCGGUCCCUGCACACCCUCGACCGCCCCAGCCUUCUUCCCGACGUGCUCCUCGGCGACAUUGUCUCCCGUCUUCCAAUCAAGGAUGCCGCGUGCACAGGGCGGCUCAACAACCACUUCGCGGCUGACGACCCCGGCCUUCUCCGCUGCGUCCGCCUCGGCCCCGUAGAGUGCGUGCUCCGCGCUACCCUGCUCGUGGGCUACGACGGCUCCCUCGACGACGACCCGGAGUCCGGCGUCGCCUACUUCGACGCGCCGCUCGACCGAGCCGUCGGUCGCGUUGGCCAGGCACCCGCAACGGCUGCCGCACUCCGUGCCGAUGCUGUAGGAGCAGCAGGUGGUGGGCUGUUGGCUUGGGUGGUGGCUGCGAGGUCAGCGCAGGCCACCUGUUCGACGGUUCGCCCGGCCGGCGACCGCAACUUCACCGACAUUCCUGUCGGCGCGUUCUGGGAGACAACCAUGGACUGGCCCCGGCCCGGCGCGCCAUCCUCGUGCGUGCAGCAGACCCCAACCCGCCUUUCGCUCCGCGGCAAGGCUCACGUCCUCACCACGCUCCAGCUCUGCGCCAUCUCCGACCAAUCGAGGGCGCCUAAAGCUUCCGUCCCCAAACCGGGCCACCCUAUCCUCGACCUCGCCUCCACCACCAUGCCAACCACAGUUAGGCCUCCACCAUGGCCAUCUUUCUUGGUGGCGAGGUGCUCUGUCAGAUGUCACUGUGGUCGCCUUUGGAAGCCCCCAUGGCCUAUACAACUUCGCCAACAAAUCAGGUACAGAGCUGUGACAAGUGCUGAUUACAGAGGUGCACUGGGAGCUUUGCUGUUCUAUGACAUCCCCAGCCACCAGAGCUUCCAUCAUAUACCCCGGUGGCUAGAUGCACAAGCCAAGGCCGUCGAUAACAUUGUGAUCAUGAUGCUUGGUAACAAGAGUAAUCUUGAGGAGCAGCACGCAGUGAGCACUGGAGAUGCCGAGGAGUUUGCCGAGCAGGAGCAUUUCUUCUUCCUGGAAAGUGCGAUUUCUGUUGAGGAACCAUCAGAAAUAUGGCAAUGGUCCACAAAAUUCCCUAACAUGCUUGCUGUUCUGCUAGCUGAAAGAGGAAUAGAUGCCGCAAUGGAUUCCUUGGAUGAGGUAGAACGGAUUGCUGCUGAUGCCAAACCGCAGGGAACUCUAACCACAGCUGACAUUUAG